CCGGCGGCAGGCAGUAGACAGCAAGAGGGAAAGGCAGUGUGUGAUGAGUUUGUCAAGAAAAAAAGGAAUGGGUGGCUGGGGAGCAGACAAGUCCAAGUUCUCUGUAUCCAUCCGCCUUGGCGAGUGCGCUCGUGAUGCACAUGCGCAAAAGGAAGAUCCCGAUUGGCUUGUGGGACUGUCUCAAUCUGGUCCCAACCAAUCCAGAUGUGCCGGAGGUGGGGCCUGGCUCUCACUGGCUGGCACAGCGUCUGCGCGCCGGUUUCGUCGCCCCGCGGCGUUCGCCGGAGUUGAUCACUUUAGUGGGGGCGGCAUGGGGUCGGAGCUGAUCGGCCGUCUAGCCCCGCGCUUAGGCCUCGCCGAGCCCGAAAUGCUAAGGAAAGCAGAGGAGUACUUGCGCCUGUCCCGAGUGAAGUGUGUCGGCCUUUCUGCACGCACCACGGAGACUAGCAGUGCAGUCAUGUGCCUGGACCUUGCAGCUUCCUGGAUGAAGUACCCCUUGGACAGGGCUUAUUUAGUUAAACUUUCUGGUUUGAGCAAGAAGACAUACCAGAGCUGUCUUAAAUCUUUUGAGUGUUUACUAGGCCUAAAUUCGACUAUUGGAAUAAGAGACCUAGCUGUACAGUUUAGCUGUACAGAAGCAGUGAACAUGGCUUCAAAGAUACUAAAAAGCUAUGAGUCCAGUCUUCCCCAGACACAGCACGUAGAUCUUGACUUAUCCAGGCCACUUUUCACUUCUGCUGCACUGCUUUCAGCAUGCAAGUAAGUAUUUCUUUAAACAUUCAGAAGAGUUCCCAAUUUAUAAGUGGGUUUUCUAUCCUCAAGGAAUACUUCUAGUUUAGUUGAUUUCAACUCAGAGCAUAUUUUCCCCUAUAAAUAUUAGGAAUAUUGGCCAAGUGACCAUAUUCCCAGUUUGUCACAUAAUGUAGCUAACAACUUGGAACUAGUGUUACCAGAAUUCCACUAGCCAAAUAGCAGCUGUAUACAUAAGCUGGGAAUUCUGAUUUCAGUCUGCCUUUUAUAAAAGAGGAUAUCUGUCAUUAAAACAACGUUCUUGUAUAAUUUUCUGCUUAUAUUUCUUAAAAGGUACUGGCUGGUGGGAGGCAGAGGUUGCAGUGAGCCAAGAUUGCGCCACUGCACUCCAGCCUGGUGACAG